AUGGACGCACAUGUGGCUGAAAACCUGGCUUGGACCAACAUAUGGACUCCGGUCAAUCCCCCGGGCAAGAUCGCUUCCACUUCGUCGUCUGAGCCACCACAUCCCUGCCAUGAUUGGAAUAAAAUCAAAAUUAAAUCUUCUCGGGCCAGCUGCUUUCGCUCGACGAUUAUCGCUUCAGCAGAGCGCAUGAAAUGGCCAGCAGGUCCACGAAAACGAAAGAAGUCUCCAACACAAUCACCUACGCACCGUCGCAAGAAGGUGCGCGUCGGUGACACGGAGGCUCCAGCUCCCAAAAAAAUCGCCGAGACCUCUGAAUUUGCAGCGUCGCCCUUGAAACCCCGCUUAACAACUCUCGCGAACUCCGGGGAUGUGGUUGCUCUAUCCAGUCCGAUAUUAUGGCCCUGGAAUUCAAACGAACAGAACGCGAACAUCAGCAAAAAGCGUAUUGAUUCUAAGGCAUUCUCAUGCCCAAAGACGAGGCCUUCGAGUCUCGUGGUUGAUGGACCAGAUGAGCAAAAGAAGAUCCAACCAAUCGACGAACAACUCCCACAUCUCCCCGCGCAGAAUGAAAAUUCCGACGACCUUUUCCUCGACAAUCCCGAAGACGUGGAAGAUUUCUUGGAAGCUGAAAAACAACUGACAGCAACUCUAUCUCAACCUGUGAACUCACCUUCACCGCAGCCCUGGCAGACCUCAUCGGGAAUAGCUAGAUCCCCCGAACGGCCAGAUCUUGAUUUGAAACUGCGGACACAACGGAAUAGCUUGCCCAUGAAACCUUUCAUGCGCGAGGCCUUUGAACCCCCGCCACCAUCUGCGAAGCUGACUGUAGCCCCCACUACUGUCGGUUUCUCCCCUCUGAAGCAAUCACCAACGUGUUUUCGAAUCGCAGAGGCUUUGCGACUGCUGAAUCACGCUGACCCAUCUCACACUAUAACGUUUGAAUUGUUCGCCGUGCUCCGUCCCACUUCUUGGACCAUAAGAGCAGAUGAGACGGCGAACCACGCCAUUGAGAUCUCGGAUUUGUUCUUCCCUCGCCUUCCUCCAAUACUCAGACUAAAUAUCGAUUCCUCGCAAGUUCAUUCCCUUUGGAAGACCCACUUCCCACCCACCCCACAGUCUCUUCACUCCCCCCAACAAAAUGCGGAUGAACAGAUUCCUUACAACAUCGUCCGUGCAAUAAUUAAGGCAUGGCCCCAAACCACUCCAUUGAGCCAGUUCGCACCAAGAUCGAUGGGAGAAACGGUUAGAGAAAAGUUCGAGAUCAGAGUCAUUCAUCUUCGACCUUCAACCUGGGAAGAGAUCAAAGCGACACGCACUCUCUUUGAGGCUCCUCACAGCCCUGUGAAGAAUCCUCGUACAAUACGUGCGAAUAACCAUGUUGCGAGUCAAAUGAGCGAAACAACAGCGUUGUAG